CUAAAACUUUUUCCUAACAAAGAUCUCCUCAUUUCAACUGAUGAGGUCUAUCUCAUGGUUUGUAAAAUAUUUUCAAAUGACAUUCCUAAGUUUAUAAAAUGUGCAAAAUUUACUUUUCGUUGGAGCAAAGUGAAACUCCACAGUGCCUUUAAGAAUUAUGUUGUUUCUACUUAUUCUAAUUUAUCCUGCAAGAAUUUUUUGUUAUUUCCCAAGUGAAAAUGUAGAACAUCUAACCGACAAUUUUUUUGCAAAUCUUCAAGAACAUCCUAACAUAAAAGGCAAUACACUAGAAGAAUCUGAAGCAUUUAUUAAUAAACAAGUAGAAAAUUAUGUCGCACUAAUUGAGCAGACCCAUGGCACAAUUGAGCAUAGGUUACAUAGACGAAGUUUACCUAUUGAUCAUACAAUUACGCUUAUAAAAGAUAAUGCAGGAAUUUACGUAUUAGACGGAGUUAUCCCCGAAUAUGGCAUAAAAGUUCAACUACCCAAAGAUAUACAUUUAUUCAGCUAUGAAACUGAAGCCGGCGAAGCAUGGUAUGGGGCAGCUUUAGAGACUGUAAAUGGAACAGUAGGAAAUGAUUUAGUAAUCUUUAAGUAUGAGAAUCGCCAAUUUAGUCUUAUAAACAAAAUACCAGUCCGAAAUGGGGUAAGAUUGGCUACAAUUUCUAUUGAUGGGGGAGUAUGUAUAAUUGUGGCAGAAAAUAAUGCUAUUGGUGUCAAGAUGCACAACAAGACGCAAGUGAUCAAAUUUAUUCCUAGCACAGGCCAAUUGACCCAUAUACAGUUUUUGGAUGCCGAGUAUGCAAGCGAUGUGGCUUUGUGGUAA